GCCAUCUAGCAGAAAACUUUACAACCGGAACUAGCGAAGUCAAUAAUAUUUACUACUCUGCAUUUUUUUUCAUGCGAAGUGGGUUACAAGAUUUGAAGGUACAGACAGUAAAUGAAAAGGAUGGAUUCUCUAUAAUGAAGAGAUCUCAUGUUCCACCCGCAUUAACACAUCUAGUGGAAAACAACAGCUCUGAAUCCCAGCAACAGACAUCAACCCCAGGACAGUCAGGACUGCAUAUAUCUGAAAUAGAGCCAUCUCAACUGAUUCAAAAUUCAAAUGUAGAACAGAGUUCAUCUUCUUCUCCACAUCAACAACCAGAGGCAACAGCAGGGCCCAGUGGUGUGGUGGGAAGGGCAGAGAAAAGGAAGCAUGAGGAUUCAGAGGCAGAAUCCUCACAUGGACAUAAAAAGCGUAUAACAGGGAUAUCCCAAGACUUACCUAAUCCAGUUUUGAUUAACAGGAAACCUGUUUCUCAAAACAAUGGUGGAAGAGUUGAAGCUGAUGCCAAGGUGCCUCAGUUACAAAAAUCUGUGGCAUCUACCUCAAAAAACCCAUUUGUUUUUAGUUCCCAUGUUGUAGUACCAGAAACAAGGAAGGCAAAGAAAUCCGUCCAGGGUUUUGGUCCCCAAGCAGCUCAAACAGCAGUUCAGCAUGAAGCUAAAAAGCAGACUAAACCAGUUGCAAAAUCUGCAACAUCACAUCAGUCGAUAAACCAAACUAAUGGUAACAGUCCUGGUGCAGGUGUAAGUACUCCUAUAAAUAGUGCUAGAUAUCAGAGAGAGUUAGUGGAGAGACUAUCUCAGAGAACUGCGGGUACCUCCAGAUCCAAUACAAGAACUAGAACUGAGCGGCCACAGCCAACAAGAACAGUGACACGAGAAAACACAAGUGUUCAGCCUCACCCAGACUUUGUAUUACACCAACAGCAGAGAGAGAGAACUUCAUCAGCAAGAAAUGUUAGAGGGCAAUUAACAAGAACUCAAUCUGCUGAGCAUAUGAGAAGUUUGACACCACCCGAGACUGUAAGAAGUGCAUAUAGUCGUCAGAGAUCCUUACUAACCAAUCAUGAAAACUCUCCCUUGUUGUCUCACCAGCCAGCAGCGGGAUGUUCCUCCACUCUUCUUCAGUUGCCAUCAGAUGGUCUGUUUCCUCUUUAUCCUUUAGGACAGCCUGAUGAUUCAACAUUUAGAUCUCCAUUAGAGCUGUCCUCAACCAUAUCGCCAUUUACACAAGAAGAUAUCUAUUCUUACUCACCAUUCCAGUCAGCUACAGAGACUGCAUCAUGUCAGGAAGGGUACUCCUCGUCAACUCCACCAAAAGUAAAGUCAUCUCGAUCCUCAGCGGAGGCUCAGUCAGGAAGUGUCCCUCCCUCCAAUGUGGGGAUUAAAAGGGCUGGGCCUUAUCUUUUAGGUCCAAGAUUGGGUUCCUCUCCAGUUAGAAGUAUAGUACAGUGUCUGGCCAGAAAGGAAAAGACAGAUGAUUUCUAUACUCUGAAGAUUCUGACAUUAGAGAAAUCAGGAAGAGAAACCCAGGAUGGAAAACAGGGCAAGAUGUUACUGCACACUGAGUACUCACUGCUAAGUCUGCUAAAGGAUCAGGAGGGAGUGGUUCAUCAUCACGGACUGUUCAAGGAUGAAGCAUGGGAAGAGCGAGACACGUUAGAUCAGUGGGGUCAUGUGGAAUUCACCGGUCAGAAAAUCACCCGUCUUUGUCUGGUCCUGGACUGUUUAACUCCUCAUGAUUUCAGCAAUAAGAACGUAGAUCUUAUCAACUUACAGCAUUAUGUCAUCAAGGAGAAAAAACUGUCCGAGAAGGAGGCCAUUGUUAUCUUUUAUGAUAUUGUUCGCAUUGUGGAAAGUCUUCAUAAGAAAAAUAUUGUUCACAGAGACUUGAAGCUUGGUAAUAUGAUGUUAAACAAGAGGUCAAGAAGAAUUACAAUCACAAACUUCUGUCUGGGGAAACAUUUAGUGUCAGAGAAAGACUACCUUAAAGACCAGAGGGGAAGCCCUGCCUACAUCAGUCCAGAUGUUCUCAGUGCUAAGCCAUACCUUGGUAAGCCCAGUGACAUGUGGGCAUUAGGAGUGGUACUGUUUACAAUGCUGUAUGGACAGUUCCCUUUCUAUGACGUGGUGCCACAAAAAUUAUUCUCCAAAAUUAAAGCUGCAGAGUACAGCAUUCCACAGGAUGAGCGAGUUUCCACAGACACCAUCAGUAUCAUCAGGAAGUUACUGGUGCUGAAUCCAGAGAGUCGAUAUACAGCCUCCCAAGUUCUGGUGGCUUUGACAGGGAUAAUAGAUAAAUGGAAAGCGAUGUCUUCAGAGUCAGGUCCACUGCAAGUAGUGCCAGAAAUAGACAUUGUCGAGGACAACCCAAAAGUUGAUACAAAAUGUGGUGACCAGUCUUCCACGCAAAAGACAGACACCGAUUCCCUCCACAAUAAAGCAGAUGACACAGUGUCCAAUCUGGGGUCUGUAUCGUCAGAUAGCCAAGAAAUCAGCAAGCAAUCCAAAGCGGUGCGCCAUGGCAGGCGCCGCUCCUCUGUACAACCACCGGUCCAGAGAAUGAAUUACGAUGCAGUCCCUCUAACAAUGGCCGAGGUUGAAGCUCAUCAGCAGAUAUUUAGUCAACAGAGGACCUAAAUCUUCAGGAAGUUUAGAGAUGCAGAUACAGGUCAAUUCUCAUCCUUAUUUAAUAACUGAAAUAGUCCAAAAAUUGAAUGUUUGCUUUACAUUUAAGUAUUAUGACCAGUACCAUUUAACCAGAAAUUUUAGUGAGGAGUCAAUUUUGGCAUUUUUAGAGAUGGUGUUGAGAUCGCUAAAAUUAAAUAUUGCUAUUAAUUUACUCUGCAUUAAAGGUUACUAGGCAUAAAUUAGCUAAAAAAUGUGCUUGCUAUUACUGAUUUUUUUUAGGACAAAUGGCUUAAUUUGCGUCUCCCUAAAAAUUCCACUUAUAUGGUACUUUCUUGCUUAAAUCAUUCAUUUUCUAAAUGUUAAGUCUAAUGCUGUGUUCAGUUAAAUUUAAAAAAUUUCACAGAAAAAAAAGAUUUUAUAAUUCAGGAUUCUUAAAUUUUAUAUGAUUUGAAGCUACAUGUAUGUAAAGGAUAAUAUAUGUGUUAAGACUGAAUUUCAAGAUGACUGCAUGCAUAUAUAUUGAACAGAUUUUUUUUUGUAAUUUGUAUUUCUUUUACUUUAUGAUGAUAUUUGUAGUAGAUUUUUAAUCUGUCUAUAUUGUGUUUUUUUGGCUGCAUUUCAUUUCUGGAAUUUUUUGAAAUUUUCAAUUUUUCAUUUCCGACAUUUUCAAGUUUUCAUUUCCGACAUUUUCAGGUUUUCAUCUCCGACAUUUUUCAGGUAGUACUUUUUGGCAAUGAAAGCAAGAUUGAAGACUUCAAUUAUAAAGAUUUUAAAGAAUAAAUCAUAAAUAAAUCUUUGAAAUCAAAAUAAAGAGUUUUGCCUAGCUAUCAAUGAAGCGAAAAUAAAAGAUUUUUUUCUUUCCCUGAGGCACUUGUAAGUGUUGUGAACUUUCCCUCAUCUCCUUUUCAAAUGUUCAGUUUAAGUUUGAAAUCAGAUAUGGUAGGAUGGAAAUUAUAAGGCAUAUUUUUAAAAUAUGGUUGAAAUAAAGUCUUUUAAAAUUCCAUUUCCACCUACUUGGUUAACAUUAAAUUGCCAGAGCGGUACCCUGCAAAAAUUCCAGAAAUGAAAAAAAAUAAAUGUCAGAAAUGAAAAUAAAAAUUGUCGGAAAUGAAAUUAAAAAAUGUCAAAAAUUCUAUGCAAAAUUCCGCAAAUGAAAUGCAACGGUUUUUUUUUUUUUUUUUGGUUUUUUUUUUUAAUGAAAGGGGUAUUUCAGAAGUUUAUGUACAUUUACAGUGUAUACCUGAGGAAAUGUGGUAUGCAUUUAGAAGUUUAAAUUUUUAAGAGUUUUGAAGAUAUACCUUUCAUAAGAAAAUUUUUAGUGACACAGACAGACAGAUUAAUGUUUGGGCUAUCUGUAUAUUUUUACUUUCAAGGGCUUAUUAAGAGCUGUAUAGUGUAAUAAAGAAAGUUGGUAAAAGAGUGCUAAAAAUUAGUGCAUAUUUAUUAAUCACCAGUGAAUUUUUGUUUAGAUACAUUUAGUAGUACAUGUACAUAGAAUUUUAGAUUUUAAUCAUGUUAAAUCUCAGAUAUUUACAUAUAAUUAUUAAGAAAGGGCCAAAUCCAUCAAAUUGACUGCAGUGUUCAAGUGUUAUGUAGCAUUGUUAUAUUAGCCAUGAAGUCUCAAAAAUUGAGAUCUUAACAUAGGGCAAAGUGUUUAUUGUUGUUAUUCAUGUGAAACAGUUUAUAAUGUUUAUAUAUGUGUGUGUAUACAAAGAAUUUACAAAGGUUGAUAAAAUACAGAGGUUGUAAAGAUAUCAUUAAUUUAUUACCUGUUUUGUUUUAUUUAUUAUAUUGCAUUUGUGCCAAAUGUAAACACACAUACAAGCAUAUACAAUAGCACCAAAUAGUUUAUAAAAAACCAAAUUUCCAUUUGUGUUAUUGAUGAUAAGUGAGAUAUAUGUAUCUGUUUCCUUGUCCGAUCUCUGUGUAAUUUUUACUUUCAAUUCUUAUUCUUUUUUUUUUUUCUAUUUCCAUGACAUCAUAGUCCAAAGACCUCUACAUCUCUCACUGUUUACAAUCACUUAAUUUUUUUUUAUUUCUAGAAAUAUGGAGUUCUUAAUUUCUGUGUAUUCAAUAGAGAUUUUUUUUUUUUGAACUGAACAAAAAUUUUUGAAUAUUUAAGGAUAUCUCUUGUUUUUUAAAAGCUAACUAGUGCUUCAGUAAGUGAACCCUGCUGUACUCUAAAUUAAAUUUUUAAAAUUAUCUAUGUAGCAUGUUGGACAAAUAAGAUGCAUGUGUUAUGUAAAUUAGUUAAUCAGAAUACACUGUAGAUUUCCAGUUAUUAUAACUUAUUAAUUAUGAAACACAUUUGCAUGGUAUCCUUUUUUUAAGUUGGAGAAUACAGUUUAUGAUCAAAGUGAUCUGUUGAUCAUAGAAAUACAUGUACUGCUCUUGUUACAUUUUGAUUUGUACAUGUAUUUAUGUAAUCACUGUAUUAUUACAAUUACUUAAUUAUUUUGGUCCAUGCAAGUCAAUAAAUUUUGUUUUUAUGUC